UCUCGGAGGGAGGAGGAGGAGAAGGAGGAGGAGUAGGAGGCAGAAGCGGAGCAGUGGAGCGGCGGAGGUGUGGCGGUGGAGCUCGGUGUUGGUGGAGGGAGGAUCGAGUCCGUAUGAGACACAGAGACGAGGCAGGCGGCGCAUUCCUCCACCUUCCCCCGAUUCCGGUGCUCGUCUCCUGCGCAGCGCACAGAGCGGAGGUCCGGGACCAUGGAGGAUGUGUACCACUUCACCCGCAGCCCUGCCUGGGAGGAGCUGGAGCCGGAGAAAGGGCCGGCGUCCGCGGCGGGGAUCCAUGCCCAUGUGGUGGGCGCUGUCGCCGGGGCCGCGGACGAGUCCUCUGACAGCGAGGCGGAGCAGGAAGGGCCCCAGAAACUGAUCCGGAAAGUGUCCACCUCCGGACAGAUCCGGAGCAAGUCGUUCAGGGGACUCCUGCUCCGCUCUUAUCCACCAACCACAGCUGCUGGACUCAUUUGGACUGUCUGUGCCUUUGUCCAUUGU